AUGGCAGAGGCGACACGGGUGGCGAGUCAGAUUCUAUUUCAGAACUCCCUGGCAGAGGUGGUGCGGAAGCUGCGCUCAGCCUCCAAGAGCGAGGCGGAUGUGAUUGAGCAAUGCAUCGCAGAGACGCGAAAGGAGAUUUCCUCUACGGUGCAGAGCGUGAAGGUUACGGCGGUGCUGAAGGCGGUGUAUUUUUCCAUGCUUGGCUACUCCGCGGCCUACGGCGCAUUUAACAUUAUUGAGGUAAUGGCUGAUAGAUUGUUUGCUAACAAGCGCAUUGGAUAUAUGGCGGCUUGCAUCACCUUUACCCCAAAGACAGACGUUUUGCCGCUCCUUACAGCCUUAUUGAAGCGCGACCUUGCAAGUGCGAAUCAGUACGAAGUGGGAUUUGCACUUUAUUGCAUCUCCUCUCUCUGUACGAGAGACCUUGCGAGGGACCUUGUCGUUGACGUUGUAAAUCUGCUGAAUCAUCCACGCAACUACGUCCGCAAGAAGGCGGUGCUUAGUUUAUAUCGUGUAUUCUUUGAGUACCCCGACGCACUGAGGCCAACGUACCCACAACUGAAGGAAAAACUGGAUGAUCACAGCGAACGUUGCGAUAACGACCCUUCCGUGCGUGGGGCUGUUGUAUGCAUCCUGUGCGAACUGGCCCGCCGCAAUCCAGCCAAUUUUAUUGGGCUUGCUGUUCCAUUUUUUUCGAUGUUGUCCACCGUGCACAGCAACUGGACGUUGAUUAAAAUUGUAAAGGUUUUUGGCUACUUUGCUCCACUCGAGCCUCGUCUGGGGAAGAAGCUCGUGGAGCCAAUAACCAAUCUCAUUCAUGCAACAGGAGCGAAGUCGGUUCAAUACGAAUGCAUUUUUGCUGUAGCCAAUGGCAUGAGCAAAGUGGCGUCCUUGACGAAACUGGCAGCAGAGAAAAUGAAACUGUUUGUGGAGGAUGCAGAUCAAAACUUAAAGUACAUGGGACUUGACGCCAUGUCUCGUAUGAUGCGUGAGAAUCCGAAGCUUCUCAGUGAUCAACGGGAUGUUAUUCUUGCGUGUCUUGAUGACAUGGAUGUCACCAUCCGCCGCAAGGCGCUUGAACUUUUGCAAGGGUUGGUGACGAAGAAGAACAUUGUGUCUACUAUCAAUAGCAUGAUGGAGCGGCGUGUGCGUUCUCCGCCGGAUGAGGACUGGUCAAACCGCGUUAUUGCCACCGUUAUUGAGGUUGCUCAGAUCAAUGACUAUAGUCUGUUGCAAGACUUUGAAUGGUACUUUGGUGUUUUGCUUGACAUCAGUCUCAUGAAUCUAACCUGCUAUAAGCAUGGUGCUCUCGUGCAGCGUGAGCUUGUGACGGUGCUGGCGCGGGUGAACGCGGUGCGGCAGUUUGGUGUUCAAUCCAUCAGUGAACUGCUCUGUAAUUCAACUCUGCUUAACUGUGACGCCACGCGCUCAACACAGUGGGAGAUUAUCAAGGCAGCCGCCUUCCUCUGCGGGGAGUAUCCAUAUUGGCUACGCGAUAAGCGAUUGACAUGCGAGCGACUUUUAAGUAAUCACAUUAGUGCGAUGCACCCUGAGGCACAGGUGGCGUGUAUCACCGCGGUGGGAAAAAUAGCAGCGUAUACUCAUCAGCCAUGUCCGCGUCAUCUUGCGUUGUCACACGGGGAGGAAGAAUUAAGCUUACCAGAUGAUCCUGUGACCGAUGCCGAAUUACUCACGGUAAUUCUCGCACAACACGUAAAAGAAAAGGAAAAUGACGACGGUGACGAGGACACGAAGCCUGAGGAGUGUACUGGACUACAGCUAUUUCGUCAUAGCAUUUACCCGGAUGUACAGGAGCGGGCCCAAUUGGUUUUCUACCACGUCCUCACGAACCCGGAUGUCGGUCCAAGCCUCUACGUGGAGGAGCUGUUAUCUGUUGCCGUGGGGGCGCAGGAUGCGGUGGUGCCGCCUGAGGAUCUUGACCUUGACGAGCCCUUCUGCUCCCCCCUCCCACAGCUGCUGCGCCUGUCCGAUAGUGAUGAUGGGGGCAACACGGACAAUGAGGACGAUGAGCUUGGAUUUUUGGGUUCCGGCGCAGCGAAACGCCAGCGGCAGCAAGAGAAGGAAAAACAUGGCGAGGUGGCAGCGUUUUACAUCAAAGGUAUGACACGCACGCGGGAGGAGUUGCCGACGGAUGUGCAAGUGGAGACUGUCACGGCGGCAUCCCCGCAGUCCCACAGCGUCAGUUCACACCUGCCACACAAGACUCAUUCCAUAAACCGUGAGCUUUCACGUCCGUCAAAUUAUGUCGCAGCGGCUUCCACACGACGACCCAAGGAAGAAAUAGAGGAGGAUGAGGCCACCAAAAAAUUUCGCAAUGUUGAUGUCACGCGGGCUCUUACGGUCGAUGAGAAACUUCCAGAGACAAUACCUUACACGCAACUACUACAGCUUCGUGCCUCUGCAGUAGGUGAAAAAGAAGAUCUACAAGCAGCAGCGGCGGCCGCCGUGUUUGACCCUAUUGUGCUAUUAGAAGAACGGUACUUGCGUGUCACAGCAUAUGUAGACUCGUGCCAUGUUCGUAAGGAAGGCAUCUUGCUUGCGCUCGAUGUGGAGGUGUCUAACUUGGCAAGUAGCAGCAGCACGUAUAACCUCAGGCUUUGCAUUCAGUAUGAUGAAGAUAACUUUACGCAGCAGGGCGUGCGGUUGGAGUUACGUGACGCCAACGAUGCAAACAACAACAACACGACCAAUAAUAAUCGAAACUGUGGUGACAAGAAGAAUAACAAGAGUGGGGACCCCAACCAGAAGCAGGAGGAGGUGGUGGAAGAGAGUGGAGAGAGCAGCUGCGUAGGUGUGUGUGUCGCAGAGCGCGUGAAGGGAUCUACGGCCGUACGUAGGAAGCUGGGUGUUAGAUUUCUUUCGCAGCUCCCGGCCUCUCUUGUCAAACCCCUCACCUUGAAUCUGACGUACACGCGAGGCAAGAAGCCAGUGGCUGCCACGCUACAGCUACCUCUAUGUUAUCCCUAUUUUGCGAAGGUGCCAAAGGACAUCACACCCACGGAAUUCAGAGAGACAAUCCUUGGGAAGUUCCUUGUGGCGGCGCCGCUGGUCACCGGACUUGUUGAUGUCAAUUUGAGUCGUGUGCCACUCGCACUGCCUCUGAUACUGCCGAAACUGAGGCUGAGAACCGUUGAAGUAUUCAGGGAUAUCGCAUCAUUUCAUGGUGUGCUGCAUGCACGGAAGUCGACGGUGGAGAACGCACACGUCGCCGUGCUUCUGCGCGAGGAAACGGUGGAGGAAGGUAGGAAGGGGGUAAGUAUCGCGGUGAAGGCCCAUCAGACAUGUUUGGCAGAGUCGUUGGUGCAGGAGAUUGCCUCACGCAUGAUGCUGGAGGCUUCUUAA